CGUACAACCGGUCUACAUAGCCGCCUCAGAAUAGAGCAAAAGGAAUAUAUAUAGAUAACAAGAAUUGAACCAGAGAAGUAUUCACCACACCCAAGCUUACAAGAUAGUCGUAUAUUAUAUAGAGAGAAAAACAAGUACACCACCACCCAUAGUCAUCAGUCAAUCGCAAUAGUUUUCUGUUCUAUUUAAAAUUCAAUUCGCAUGAUCAGAUUUGCGAUUGGGAGUUUUGUGAAUCAUCGACCUGAUUUGCUAAAUUUUCUAUAACAAUUUUUUAGAAAAGGAUUGAAUUUGAAUUCUAGGGUUUGAUACGAUGACAAUUUCUUGAUCGCCGUUUAUCGGCGAGCAGAAUCGUAAUUGAGGGAUUAGGGUUUUGUAUGGAAACUCGGCGCCGGAAGCGGGAGGAGGCCAAUUCAUCAGCCCCUUCAUCUUCAUCCUCUGGUCCCGCCACCCGUUCCAGGAAAAGAACUCGUCUCUCUGCAACUUCGUCUUCAGUCCCCGCCACCGCCACCGCCAACGCCAACGCCAACACAGUCGUUGUUUCGUCGACCACGACUCGUUCCAGAGCUUCUCGUACCAAAAAUUCAUUGCCUUCUCCGUCUUCUACACCGAUGGAAUCAACGAACGAGCCAUCCGGGUCUGUCCCUCGUCGCGAGUCCGGUGGCCGACGUGGAAAGAAUAACGGUUCGAAUAAGGACAAUUCAGAUAAAGGGAAGGAAAAGGAGCAUGAAGUUAGGGCUAGGGUUAGAGAUAGGGAUACGGAGAGGAGCUCAGGAUUGAAUAUAGACGGUGGCGCAGACGAUGAUGAUAAUGACAGUGAUGGUGAUGAGGGGAUUUUGCAUCAGAAUUUGACUUCUGCAAGUAGUGCACUCCAAGGGCUUCUUCGGAAAUUGGGUGUAGGAUUGGAUGAAUUGCUUCCAUCGUCGGCAAUGGGAAGAAAAGGCGGGCAGAUGAAGAUUCUAUCGGGGUUACGGGCAGAUGGGGAGGAAGGGCGGCAAGUUGAGGCAUUGACGCAGCUUUGUGAGAUGCUAUGUAUUGCGACAGAGGAGUCACUUAGCACAUUUCCAGUGGAGUCCUUUGUACCGGUGCUCGUGGGGCUGCUUAACCACGAGAGCAAUCCCGAUAUCAUGCUUCUUGCAGCCAGGGCACUGACCCACCUCUGUGAUGUGCUCCCUUCGUCGUGUGCUGCAGUUGUGCAUUAUGGUGCAGUGCAAUGCUUCGUUGCUCGACUGCUUACAAUUGAGUACAUGGACUUGGCUGAACAGUCAUUGCAAGCUCUUAAGAAGAUAUCACACGAACACCCUACUGCUUGCUUGAGAGGUGGUGCACUUAUGGCAGUACUUUCAUAUCUUGAUUUCUUCUCCACAGGAGUCCAGAGAGUGGCAUUGUCUACUGCCGCAAAUAUGUGCAAGAAACUCCCUUCAGAUGCAGCUGACUUUGUGAUGGAAGCUGUUCCCUUGCUGAUAAACCUUCUUCAGUAUCACGAUGCAAAGGUGUUAGAGGAAGCUUCUGUUUGCUUGACACGAAUUUCUGAAGCGUUUACAUCAUCUCCAGAUAAGCUGGAUGAACUUUGCCAUCAUGGGUUGGUUACACAAGCUGCUUCACUUAUUUCUGCCGGUAACUCUGGAGGUGGUCAGGCAUCCCUAAGCACAUCCACAUUCACGGGUUUAAUCCGACUGCUUUCAAGCUGUUCAAGUGGGUCUCCAAUAGGAGCCAAAACUUUGCUAGUUCUUGGAAUCAGUGGCAUUCUUAAAGAUAUACUAUCAGGUUCUGGCCUUGUUGCAAACAUAUCUGUUUCACCUGCCUUAAGUAGACCACCAGAGCAGAUUUUUGAGAUUGUGAACCUUGCAAAUGAGCUUCUACCUCCACUGCCCCACGGAACCAUAUAUCUUCCAGCCGGCAAUAAUUUAUUUGUUAAAGGAUCAUUACCAAAGAAGUCUCCUGUCAGUAGUUCUGGCAAACAAGAAGAUACAGAUGGAAGUGUGCCUGAGGUUUCAGCUCGUGAAAAACUGUUAAAUGAUCAACCAAGACUUCUGCAGCAAUUUGGAAUGGACCUUCUUCCCGUUCUAAUUCAGAUAUAUGGAUCCAGCGUGAAUGGCCCUGUUCGCCACAAAUGUCUCUCAGUUAUUGGGAAAUUGAUGUACUUCAGCACAGCAGACAUGAUCCAGUCUUUAAAUGGUGUGACAAACAUAUCUAGUUUCUUAGCUGGAGUGUUAGCAUGGAAAGAUCCUCAAGUCUUGGUUCCGGCCCUUCAGAUAGCAGAGAUUCUAAUGGAAAAGCUUCCUGGAACUUUCUCCAAGAUGUUUGUGAGAGAAGGUGUGGUUCAUGCUGUUGAUGCACUUAUAUUAGCUGGGUCCCCUAGUAAUGCUCUUUCCCGACCAUCUUCCAGUGGGAAAGUGAAUGAUUCUAUACCUGGAACAUCGUCACGUUCUAGGCGUUAUCGACGACGUGGUGGCAAUUCAAGUCCAGAUGUGAGGUCCACUGAAGAAUCAAAAGAUCCAGUUCCAAGCGUUGGUUCACCUCCAACUUCUGUACAAAUUCCCACGGUCAAUUCUAGCAUUCGUAUGGAAGUCACUGCGCGUGCUAAAGUUUUCAAAGAUAAAUACUUCCCUUCAGAUCCUGGGGCCACUGAAGUUGGAGUUACAGAUGAUCUUCUACAUUUAAAGAAUCUCUGCAUGAAGUUGAAUGCUGGGGUUGAUUAUCAAAAGACAAAAACAAAGGGAAAGUCUAAAGUCUCUGGGCCUCGCCUUUCUGAUAUUUCUGCUAGCAAAGAGGAGAACUUGGUUGAGGUGAUAUUGGAGAUGCUAGCAGAACUAACCAAAGGAGAUGGUGUGUCCACUUUUGAGUUUAUUGGGAGUGGAGUUAUUGCUGCUUUGCUGAAUUACUUUUCAUGUGGAUACUUCUCCAAGGAGAAAAUUUCGGAAGCUAACCUGCCCAAGCUUCGACAACAAGCAAUCAAAAGAUACAAGUCGUUUGUUGCAGUCACCCUCCCUUCCAAUCUUGAUGGAGGAACUGUGGCUCCUAUGAGUGGCUUAGUUCAGAAGCUCCAAAAUGCUUUGUCCUCAUUAGAACGUUUUCCGGUUGUGCUGAGCCAUACCUCUAGUUCAACUAGUGGAAGCACCCGUCUCUCUUCUGGUCUUAGUGCUUUAUCUCAGCCUUUUAAGUUGCGCCUCUGUAGAGCCCAAGGAGAAAAAUCUCUCCGUGAUUUUUCUUCGAAUGUUAUACUAAUUGAUCCAUUAGCAAGUUUAGCUGCUGUUGAAGCAUUUAUAUGGCCUCGAGUUCAGCGAAGUGAGUCUGGGCAGAAGCCCUCAGCAUCUGUUGGUAACUCCGAGUCUGGGACCACACCUACUGGAGCCGCUGCUUUAUCACCAUCUACUUCAAUCUCUCAUCGUCAUUCUACUAGAUCCAGAUCGUCUUUAAAAAUAGGAGACAUGGCCAAGAAGGAUACAGCACGGGAGAGGACCACAAGCGUAUCGAAGGGAAAAGGUAAAGUUGUUCUGAAUCCGGCUCAGGAGGAGACAGGAGGACCUCAAACAAGAAAUGCCACCCGUAAAAAAGCAGCUAUGGAUGAAGAUGCACCAAUGAAGCCGGUAAACACAGACUCUAGUUCGGAGGAUGAGGAGUUGGAUAUAUCUCCCAUGGAGAUUGAUGAUGCGUUGGUGAUUGAAGAUGAUGAUAUCUCAGAUGAUGAUGAUGAUGAUGAUGACCAUGACGAUGUCCUAAGGGAUGAUACUCUUCCACUUUGUGUACCAGACAAAGUACACGAUGUUAAACUGGGCGACCCAGCUGAGGAUAGUCUUGUUGACACUGGAACAGGUGAUAGCCAGGCCAAUCCAGCUUCUGGCUUUAGUAGCAGAGCCGCUACAGCUAGGGCAUCAGAUUCUACCGAGUUUAGGAGUGGGAAUUCUUUUGGUUCAAGGAGUGCAAUGUCGUUUGCUGCUGCUGCCAUGGCUGGUUCUAAUGAUCCUCCUAGACUAAUAUUUUCUGCAGGUGGAAAGCAACUUAAUAGGCAUUUGACUAUCUAUCAAGCUAUCCAGCGUCAGCUUGCGUUGGAUGAGGAAGAUGCUGAGAGGUAUACUGGCAAUGAUUCUGUGUCCAGUGAUGGAGGCAGGCUGUGGAGUGAUGUUUAUACCGUCACAUACCAAAGACCAGACAGCCAAACUGAUAAGGGUUUGGUCAGGGUUUCAAAUUCUAAAACCUCUUUUAAAUCUACCAAAGCAGGGUCUACAUCUAAAUCCAACAUUAAAUCCUCACCGCAUCGAAUAUCACUUCUUGAUAGCAUUUUGCAAGGGGAGCUUCCUUGUGAUCUGGAGAAAAACAAUCCUACUUAUAAUAUAUUGGCUCUGUUGCGUGUAUUGGAGGGUUUGAAUCAGCUUGCACCGCGUUUAAGAGUCCAGGCAGCGACUGACAGUUUCUCUGAAGGGAAGAUCUUGAGUCUAGAUGAGCUAAGUGCAACUGUUGUAAGGGUUUCUCCUGAGGAAUUUAUCAAUAGUAAGCUCACUCCAAAAUUGGCCCGACAAAUCCAGGAUGCGCUUGCACUUUGCAGUGGUAGUCUUCCUUCAUGGUGUUACCAGUUGACAAAAGCAUGCUCUUUCCUGUUUCCUUUUGAAACUCGUCGUCAGUACUUCUAUUCUACUGCUUUUGGAUUGUCCCGUGCUUUGUAUCGGCUUCAGCAGCAGCAAGGUGCUGAUGGUCAUAGCUCAAUCAAUGAGAGAGAGGUGAGAGUUGGAAGGUUACAGCGCCAAAAAGUUCGUGUCUCUCGGAAUCGCAUACUGGAUUCUGCUGCAAAAGUCAUGGAAAUGUACUCCAGCCAAAAGGCUGUCCUUGAAGUAGAAUAUUUUGGUGAAGUUGGAACUGGAUUGGGUCCUACCUUGGAAUUCUAUACCCUUUUAAGUCAUGAUUUGCAGAAAGUUGGACUAGGAAUGUGGAGAACAGGUUCUUCACCAGAGAAACCUUUAAUGGAAGUCGAUGGAGAUGAACAGAAAAAUAGGAAAACCGAUAAUACCACUGGACCAGGUGCAGCUGCCGGCGAGAGAGAUCUUGUAAAUGCUUGUCUUGGGUUAUUCCCCCGUCCCUGGCCUCCACAUGCUGAUGUUUCUGAUGGUAGUCAAUUUUGUAAAGUCAAUGCAUAUUUCCGGAUGAUUGGGCGUGUGAUGGCCAAAGCUAUUCAAGAUGGGCGACUUUUAGACCUACCUUUGUCGACAGCAUUUUAUAAGCUUGUGCUUGCUCAAGAGCUUGAUUUGCAUGACAUUCUUUCUUUCGAUGCCGAAUUUGGGAAGACCUUGCAAGAAUUGCAAGCCCUUGUUUGCCGGAAAGAAUGCCUUGAAUCAAUGGGUGUUCAUAAUUGUGACGAAAUUGCUGAUUUACGUUUCCGUGGGGUUCCAAUUGAGGAUCUAUGUUUGAAUUUCACCCUUCCUGGUUAUCCAGAUUAUACUUUAAAACCGGUUGAUGAGAAUGUGGAUAUCAAUAACUUGGGGGAGUACAUAUCCCUGAUCGUGGAUGCCACUGUCAAAACAGGGAUUUGGCGACAAAUGGAAGCAUUUAGAGCUGGGUUUAAUGAGGUCUUUGAUAUCUCAACUCUACAAAUAUUUUCUCCACAUGAAUUAGACUAUUUGCUUUGUGGCCGUAGAGAGUUGUGGAAGGCUGAGACACUAGUAGAUCACAUAAAAUUUGAUCAUGGAUAUACUGCCAAGAGCCCUGCAAUUUUGAAUUUACUUGAGAUUAUGGGAGAAUUCACCCCAGAGCAGCAGCGGGCCUUCUGUCAGUUUGUUACUGGUGCACCUCGGCUUCCACCUGGUGGUCUGGCAGUGCUGAAUCCAAAGUUGACUAUUGUCAGAAAGCAUUCUUCAACCACUAGUAACAUGACGUCCAAUGGAAUUGGGUCAUCAGAAUCUGCAGAUGAUGACUUACCUAGUGUGAUGACAUGUGCUAAUUACCUGAAGCUUCCCCCUUACUCGACUAAGGAAAUUAUGUACAAGAAACUGCUUUAUGCGAUCAGUGAAGGGCAAGGAUCAUUUGAUUUGUCAUGAAUCUGCAAACUAACCAAUGAAACGGUGUAAUAUUGGAUUGAAAUACUUUCGGGUCAUUCAUUAGCAGGGCUUAUUUAGGGUUGCUAGUAACAUCUGUUCUGCUCAACAGUGGCUUUUUUUUCCUGCCUUCCCUAAACUAGGGGCACUCUUGAUGCCAUUAAUUCAGUUGUUCUCCUAGUUUUUUUUUUUUUUUUUUU